AUGGAGAACUUAUCGCUCAACGAUCCGCCACCAGGCAGCUUCGAUCAAGCACCGCAACAACCUCCGGUCCCGCUACUCCCCCCGCAGAUGUUCACAACCGCUGCGCAACUACUUGACUUGACCGAUAAGAAAUUGAUGGUAGCUCUUCGAGAUGGAAAGAAGCUCAUCGGAGUUCUGAGAAGCUGGGAUCAGUUUGGCAACCUUGUUCUUCAAGGUACAGUUGAGCGCAUGUAUGUGCAAAACCUCUUCGCCGAUGUCCCCCGUGGCGUAUUCCUGAUCCGAGGCGAGAAUGUCCUACUCUUAGGUGAAAUUGACCUCGACCGGGAAGAUGACAUUCCAAAAGGCUUCCAAGAAGCUCCCGCCGAUCACGUCUUCCAGCUUUUGAAGAAAGAGAAAGAGGCGAAGAAAGAGAAGGACAAAACUCGUCAUGCCAGGCUCCGCGCCCUUGGUUUCGAAGGCGAACAAGGUGUCGAGGGGCUUUGA